GGCGAUCACCUAACUACAAGGCAAAACCAUCGGAACGUCGGCUGUGCGAUAAUCGAAUCAAGCAUGGAUGGUUUCGAUUUAAAAUUAACGGAUCUGAUGCAGAAAUGCCAACCACAUGCAUUCCGCACGGUUGUGGAACACGUGCCCCUAUUUGGCUCCCUCUACCAGCAGAUGGAUUACCUUCUCCCGGAAAGAAAAUAAGAACGCAAGCAUGCGCAUCGUUUGAGGUUCCAGGAAGGGAAUUAGAAUGUUGUGGAUUAAAAUUUCCAGUAACGGUUAAAAACUGUGGUGAUUUCUUUGCGUAUCGUCUGCGAAGUACAAAAGGAUGUGAUCUUGCUUACUGUACUAAAGUUAUAAAUGUGGUUUGUGAAGUUGGACAAGUUUAUGUGCUUCAUUUGCAAAAAUGUGUUGAUGUUGUUGUUGAGAUUUCUAAACCAAAGUUACAUGUGAAAAAAUAUCCAGAUAGGGUGUCAGUUGUGUGUUUAUUUGAUGUGAAUAACAUCACUGUAUCACAACAUAAGCCAACAUUCUCUGUGACUUGGAUCAGGAUCAGGAAUGGUGUAUCUACAGUUAUUAAGUUCAAAUUCCUGUCAGACACAAGGGACCAAGUGGUUCUGGGGAAAGAUGUUCUCACAGGUGACUCGGUUGCAUGUGAAGUUAUGCCAGUCCAUCAGAAACAAAGCAAAUCUUCAGAGUUAUUGUUCCUGGGAAUACAGGUGAUGGAGAGGAAUAUAGUUUUACAAGAGAAUGGACAACCAGAGACAUUAACGUUUGUGUCCACGGUACCAUUAACAUGUGAAACAGAGAGGUGUAAACUAGACAUGGUGUUAACAGUCAAAUAUCCAAGAGGGAACACACUGUCCAAUGUUUUACUAUCCCGUUGUCUCCUAGAGUUCCGACCUAAUGACAGAUGUCAAGGUAUUGGAUGCAUCACACAACAGGUCAAGGUUGCAAUGACCCCUAACCUUUACACAUUAAAUGUCAAGGACAUUCAUAUUUCUGGUUAUCUGUAUGUGGAUGAACAGGUCAUGUGGAAUCAAGACACUGUACAAGCAAAGAUAAAAGUGAUAGAUCUGCCAUCAGCUUCCUGUUACAUGACAGCUGGUGUAUUUAUUUUGUCAUUCCAGAACAAUAUGUCUAAAUUAUCUAGAAGAGGAACAUACAUACUUCUGAAGAGCAGAAAUAACGAGUUUGAGAUCCAGAUAAGAGUGACCAGUUGCCAAGAUGAAAAUUUACUUUGUGUUUGUGGUGCUGCCAUCUAUUACAAGGAGACCAGACUGAUCAUUGACAGAUGUAGGUCAACUAAUAAGGAAGGGGAUAUAUUUAUACAAUAUCGCCCUGCCAUGAGGGCUAAUAUGAAGAUAUUUGAAGGACGACAUGGGAAAUUGAUAUAUAUUGUUUUGGACAAUAAAGCUCAGGUACGAAUUGACCUUCGACACCAAAGUAUGACCUUGACCGUACAGUCGUCAGGAUAUUUUACGGACAGGAUGGAUGGGUUGUGUGGUACGAUUGGUAAUAAUACAUGGUACCAUAGUAACGAUGUACAGACAAGUCAGCCUCUUGUUGAUUGGAGGUUACUUCCAGGUCUUAGUUUGUUUGCGAAUUAUGAACUCUUAUUGAUGAACUUGACCCCUCAGAUGCCAGAAUGUGAUUGUUCGAUGUCUUCAUAUGAGACUUCCUGUCCAAAAUCAUCUGCUGCAAAACCACAGUUUUUAUUUUAUCUGAAAGAGACCACAUUCUAUUGGAUAAACAAAACUCAAGGAACCAAUCAAAUACCAGAUUACAUGUUUGAAGGAGAUUUUGAUGAUGAAGAAAUUGAAACUAAACAGCCUGUUAAGGAUGGGCAGCUUGCAAAUGACAGUUGUAAAAAUAUGUUUAUGACCUCAGGGAUUGCCAAAACUUGCUUAAAUAAAAUUAGAAUUGAUAUUGAUACAGUGAUGAAUAUCUGUGUUGCCUUGGCAACCUCCUAUCAAAAUUCAACAUGGAUGCCUGAGGUUUUACGUCUGUUAGAAAAUUUAUGUGAAACUCAAUUGAAUAAAAAAACGAAUUCAACUGAUUUGGGUGAACUUGCUGAUGUGAAUAUUGAGGACAUCCGCCAAGCAAUUCUUUGUCCUGAAGGUUGCUAUGGAAAUGGCAUUUGUGUAGAAAAUGGAUGUUUGUGUUACCAAGGAUUCUCGGGUAUAGAAUGUCUAACCAAAGCAGAGGUCACAACAACUACAAGUUCUACUACCAUGCCAACGACCUCCAGCACAACGACCCCAACAACUACAACAACAAGCACAACUUUAGCACCAACAACUGUAACCAAGACAACAACAGCUCCACCUACUGUAAUGAUGACAACAACUCAAUCAACAACCACUACAACAACAACAGCAGCUGCAUCAACAACAAAAAUGACAACAACUGAAGUUCUUGUCUCCAUGGUUACCUGUGACAAACGAUCUUCACAUUGUAGUACAGUUCAUGUUGAUUUGUUACGGUCUGGUGAAUUUGUAACAAAAUGUAAUGUGACUCUCAUGCAGUUCACACAAUAUGGCUGGGAACCAGUUGGUGAUGUUUACACAACUUUACUUCGCUAUGUAGACAGUACAACGGUAGAAUGUAUGUUACCAAUGGUUACCAGGGGUGAUGACUUUGUCAAUGUGUAUAAAGUUCAGAUACCAAAAGGUGACAAUAUGGUUUUGAGGACACAGAUAGUUGCUGUUCUUGACAGUCUUUGUCAGAUGUGUGAUAUCUAUGGAGGCUGUACGCUGAGAACUGGUACCUGUUUCAUAGACAAAAGAUGUUACAGAGAUAAAGAUACCAGUCCAAGGAAUAUCUGUCUACAGUGCCUGACAAGUAACAGUAAAAACACAUGGUCUUCUAGAACAGACAAUUUUUCUCCAUUAUUGGAGCAGGACCAGUCCACUAUUUCAGUCAUUAAUGGAGACACAGUAAAGACUAAUAUCACAGCCAGAGAUCCAGAGAACAUGGAUAUCUACUAUGGUAGUAAUGGAGAGGGCGCUAUGGUCAGUACAUCAGGAGAAUUCACAUGGCAUGUCCAGUUAUCUGAGCCAACCAAGAGGGAUGGACGAUAUAAUUUUGUGAUAAAUGUUACCGACAGUUGUGGGGCAUCUAGUACUUUUGUUUUAACAGUACUUGUAAAACAGUGUACCUGUCAAAAUGGUGGACUUUGUGAGAAUCAAGUUGUGACUAAUAAUAGAACAGAUUAUAACUGUAGUUGUUCAUCGUCUUUCACAGGGAAAUUGUGUGAGACCAAAGUAAAUGGUUGCCAUAGUGACCCAUGUUUCCCUGGAGUCCAAUGUACAGAGACUUCUGAAUCUUAUGCAUGUGGUGGUUGUCUUGAUGGUUACCAAGGCGAUGGAGUAAAUUGUAGAAAGACUUGUGCCUCACAACCAUGUUUCCCUGGUGUAAUGUGUAAAGACCUGAACAGUCCUUAUCAAGGCUUUGUCUGUGGUGCUUGUCCAAAAUAUUAUUAUGGUAAUGGUGAAAAGUGUUAUAGAAAUGAUGAGAAAGCUUGUCAAGAAACAAUGUGCUCAGACCUUGUAAGUUGUGAGGAGAGUUUGGAUUAUCCUGGAUAUCACUGUGGUAACUGUCCCUAUGGUUACAUAGGCAAUGGUACUAUGUGUCAAGCAUUCUGUUUCCCUCCAUGUAAAGAGGGGAAGAUUUGCACUCAGCCAGGUGUUUGUGAAUGUCGUCAUGGUUACCAAGGACCAGGAUGUAGUCAAGCAAUAUGUAGAAUCCAGUGUCAGAAUAGGGGCUUCUGUUACCAACCAGACAAGUGUUUUUGUCCCCCUGGAUACACAGGCCAGUAUUGUGAAACAGAGUUAUGUCCGCUUGGAUGUGCUAAUGGUGGAUCCUGUCUUGGUAAAAACUUGUGUGCCUGUUUAUCUGGCUACAGAGGUCAUAGAUGUGAAAUAGAAUCUUGUUCUAUCACGUGUCUGAAUGGUGGAACUUGUGUUGGAUUUAACCGAUGUCGGUGUACGGAACAGUUCAAAGGAGUCUUUUGUGAACAAGCUGUGUGUGAACCAGAUUGUAUUAAUGGAGCAUUCUGUUAUCCUUCUUGUGAAAAUGGUGGUUACUGUACAGCAGGGAACCAGUGUCAGUGUCGCCCAGGGUUUGCAGGAUUACAAUGUCAGUUAAAAUAUUGCUUGAAAAAUAUGUGUCAGAAUGGUGGGAGAUGUGUUGGACCUGGAGCAUGUGUUUGCAGGGCAGGAUGGGAAGGCAAAUAUUGCAGACGACCUACAUGUCAUCUUGGUUGUCAAAAUGGUGGUUAUUGUUAUUUACCUAAUAGAUGUCGCUGUCCACCGGAGUACUGGGGACCAUUUUGUCAAUUUCCCUCAUGUUACCCUCCGUGUGGAUAUGGCAGUCUGUGUACCUCAACAAACUAUUGCACAUGUCGUAAAUAUUAUACAGGAAAAUAUUGUAGAAGACGCAAAAGAUGAAAGAAGUGACCUUAUUACCAAGAAUUUCAAAACAUUCCAGAUUCUACAUUAUGCGAGGCAUGAAAAAUAUGUGUCAGAUUUUUACUUUAAGUGACAGACAGAAC